AAGAGUUAGCUGGCACUACUCUUUCUACACAAAACUUGCAGUUUUUAACAUCAUCUGUUCAUUGCAUCUGACUUGGAAAAAUACCAAAACAAAAUGAACAAAUCUCAAAACUUGGCUCUGCUUCUUCACUUGCAUUGCAUGUGAGGCUAAUGACUUUGAGGACUCCCUGCCUCGGCUACUGUGAUCUCACAGAUCCUGUCACACUAAAAGCUAAAGGAAUAAAUACCCUCAAACCAAGAUAUCAUCUUCUUCUCAACCCCACCACAUUUUCCUGAGAAAAUUAACUCUGUUACUUCUCAGAGCAAAAGGGAUUCUCCAGGUGUCCCUCACAUCAUCACCAACCACCAUUUCUUGAGCUUGAAGACUCUUAUCCAUUAUUAUUAACGCCCAUGUCCCAGUAGCACUCAAUUACCACAAACAAAGAUAAGAAAGUGUAUAGAUUAAAAAGGGGACGAUGGAUGUUAGUAGGAGAAGAGCUGGAGUUAAAACUAGUGUGGUUGCAGGCUCUGUAUGGGAGAGCAGAAUGAAGCUUGAUGAAGUCAAAGGUGGCAUCAAGGUUUUCAAUGGAGAUGGAAACAAUGAAGAGACUGUUGAUUCUUCGAGAAAAUUAGUUAAGAGAGGCCAAUCUGGUACUGCUAAGAGAAAGACAUGGAAAUCUGAGAGUUUUGAUGGUCCAAUUCAGAUAGCUAAAGGGAAAACUGAGCCUUCACCAAUCAAGAACUGUGAAGAACAAUGUAGAGAGUUGAGUGUUUCUGCCGAUGGAAUCAAGAAAAUCUCAAUUCCGGCGAGAAGAGGAAGAUCUGAUGGAAUUAAAGAGCUGAGUGUUUCUCUGGAUGAAAUCGAUAAAACCCCAAUUCAGGGGAAGAAAGGAAGAUCCGAUGUAAAUACUGAUGGAAAUGAGAAAAGCCCAGUUCAGAUAAGAAAACCAAGAUCUGAUACAAGAGAAUUUGCUGAAUCUGGUGCGCAAUUCAGGAAAUCGAAGUCGGAUUCAGAGCAUGCUGCAAACCAGUCUGGUAAUAUUGAACUCGAUAGUGGAAGAGAUUCAAUUCCGAUGAGGAAAGCCAAAUCGGAGCCUGAGAAAGCAUUGGAGGAUGAAUCGGAGUUUAAAGGUAGUGAUGAUUCCGUUAAUAGAAUUGAGAAGAGUCCACCUGAAAUUGAGGAAGCUGGAUCUGAGGAAUCUUGCAAAGAGGUCAUUUCAAGCAGUGAAGCCCACGGUGCACUAAUCAAAUCACCUCCUAUACUCUUGGUGGAUAAUCAAGAUGACAACAAUGAUGAGGCAACUGAUGGGGAUGAGGCAUUAGAAGGAGAUGAGGAGGUGGAGAUUGAGAUUGAGAAGAAGAGCCUUGAAGUUAAGGAGAUUAAAAUCCCAGAAGAGAAAACUAAGAAAGUGGAAACAAAAGCAUCACCAGAACAGAAACCUAAGAAAUUAGUGAAUGAAGAUAAAAGGGUUUAUCAAUUUAGGAAUAGAACAGCACCCACUUCAUCAACAGUGAAUAAACAGCCUCCUCCUGUGUUAAGAAGAGCAACAAUUUACCAAAAUCUUUCAAAACCCACUCCAACUCCAUUAAGUAAUGGAAACCAUCAGAAUUUCCCAGAAACUCAUAACAAAUUGCAAAAUCUCGUGGAUUUAGUGAUGUGGAGAGACAUAUCAAGAUCUGCAUUUGUCUUUGGAAUUGGUACAUUUAUCAUUAUCUCAUCCUCCUAUACCAAAGAUCUUAAUGUCAGCUUUAUUUCUGUGAUUUCCUAUCUGGGUCUGGUUUAUCUUGCUGCAAUUUUCUUGUAUAGAUCACUUAUUUGCAGGGGAGUUAUUAUAUAUAUAGAAGAUAGAAGUCAUGUGGUGGGUGAAGAAGAGGCCAUUUGGUUACUAAAAUUGGUUCUGCCAUAUUUGAAUGAGUGCUUAUUGAAAAUCAAAGCCCUUUUCUCUGGGGAUCCUGCUACUACAAUGAAGUUGGCAGUACUGCUGUUUGUUUUUGCUAGGUGUGGCAGCUCCAUAACCAUCUGGAAUAUGGCCAAACUGGGUUUUUUUGGGGUUUUUACUGUGCCAAAAAUCUUCUCUUCCUACUCCACACAGCUAACCGCUUACGCUAAAUUCUGGAUUCGACGGUUUCGAGAUGCGUGGGAUUCAUGCUCGCACAAGAAAGCCGUUGCUUUGGCCAUUUUCACCCUCGUAUGGAACCUCUCCUCCAUGAUUGCUCGUGUUUGGGCAGUGUUUAUGAUGUUUGUAGCCGUUCGAUAUUAUCAACAGUCAAUGGAGGCAUAUGAUUGGGAUGAGGAUGAAAAUGAUGAAACUAUUGAUAUUGGAGAGCAAAGUCGAAAGAUUGAGUCCACUUCAGGGGAAAUAAAUAAAAUAAAAAAGAAAUUAUAAAAAAAUAAUUAAUUUAUGUAAUGUAUUUUAGGUGAUAGGAAAUAAUUAAUGGGAAGUUUUUUAUUUUAUUUUUUUUAUUUUUAUUUUUCUUUA